UAAAGAUUCAAAUCUUUUUAUGUUGGCGGCGAAUAAUUUUGUAUCACCGAGUGUAUAGUUACGCUUGAUCUAGAAAGAUGAAAAGGCUAUGUCCCUAACGUUCCUCUCAUGCUACCCCUUCGUUGAAAUCUACGUUCCCGCCGCUACUGAGUAAUCAUGACGCUUGCAUUUUGGAGUAAACAAAGGUUGCUUCAUAUGUCCUCAGGAUAUCAUUAGAUUUCCGAAUUUAGCCCCUCCCAAAUCUUGGAAAAUGUGACAAGGCUAAGGGGCUUUUGAAACUAGUAAAUGAAGAAGUUGCCAAUCAAGAUCUGGCUCAUAGUAGCUACCUUUCUAGAUUCUCUUGAAAGUAAAUGGCAAUUGGGAUCAGUGGGAUGAAGUUUCCUCUCCUGUCAAUGCCGUGAGGUUUCUUCUUCCAUCCUCAUACUUUUCGAAUGCUAUGUAGUGCAACUCCUCUUGGACUUUUUCUGAUCAAUUACAUCGACAUUUUUGGGUAUCUCAUCUUUAUUCAAAAUGGCUGCUGUUCCUCCUACCGAUCUCAAUCACUUCAUUUGUACUUUGGGUGAGGCUGAAAUUAAAAACCUAACUCCUUCAAUCGAUCAAUAUGACACGAUCAACGAUUUCCUCGAUUACCAAGCUGAACACAAUGGAGACCAAUUAGCCAUAGCAGUUCCCAAAAGUGUUCCUGAUAGAGGUGGGCCAAGAAAGGGUUCAACUGCGGGUUUACCAUCCGAUAAAGGGGCAGUAUUCAGCGACUGGAAAGAACCCUCAACAUCCAGUGGUACUGAACGAUGGACGUUUCAUUUUUUCAAUUUUACAAAAUUGCGGGACUGUUCAUUGCAACUCGCGCGGACUAUACAGCUUCCUGAGACAACAAAGGCAGCUGUGAGCAAAGGUACGACUGGCAUAGGUUCAAAACAUUCUAGGUGUGUUGGUCUUAUGGGCAGAAGUGACCUGGGAUUUCUCUUCAUGUGGUUGGCGUUGAUGAGAUUGGGAGUUUCCGUCAUGAUCAUCACGUAAGUAUGAAAUGCCUUCAAUCUCGAUAUUACAUUGUUAAUUGCCUCAACCAUCAAAUGGUGAUUAUUGACACGUUAUAGGCCAUCGUCUAGCGAGGAAAACGUCGAGCAUUUGUGCAGACAAUGUAACAUUAAUAUCGUGUUUUACGACUCAACCGUCCGAGAAGAGUAUUAUGAAGCUUCGGAUUACAUGAUAUCAUGCAAUCCUCCAUAUAAGAUGCGAGCAUACUCGACCUCAAACCUUAUGGAUCUUUUUUCAGUCCUUGACAGUACUCCUCGAAAUCAAGGUAUAUCACUUCAUAAGGCUACGGGGGAAAGCACAGCUUACCAUCACCAUACGUCUGGCACCUCGGGCCUUCUGAAGCCCGUUCCCUACUCUCACCAUGCUGCAUGCGGAGCAUUGCCAAUACUAAAUGAUCGAAAUACAUUGACCUUCACCACAACGCCUCUCUACACUGGUGGUAUCGCGGAUUGUUUACGUGCCUGGACUAGUUUAUCAACAAUCUGCCUCGCUCCUAAUGAUGGCUGUCCACUUACCUCCGAGACAAUCAUUGAAUCUUUCUCUCAGGCGCAAAAGACUUAUGAAUUCCUAAUGCGUAGAUUCUGCGGUUCACCAAAAACUGGUCCAGAACUGAUGUACUUUUCUUGUGUUCCAAUGAUAGCUCAAAUGCUUUCUAAAUCCGCGAAAGGACUUGCAUUUCUUCGAACGAUGAAAAUUGUGGGUGUAGGUGGAGCUAGCAUGCCGAAAGAAGAUGGAGACUUUCUCGUCUCCGAGGGAAUCAACCUUGCUUCUCGAUUUGGUAGUGCCGAGUGUUCAUUUCUUCUUUCGUCGCACCGCCAUUAUGAAACGGAUCGUGAAUGGCAAUACUUCAGAGUUCCGGAGGGUCUUCGAUAUCUUGAAUUUGAACCACUGCCUGAUGGUUCCGGCAGAUUCGAGUUAGUGGUCACGAAGGGUUGGCCACACUUGCCAAAGUGCAAUCGACCCAACGGGAGCUUUGCAACGAGUGAUUUGUUUGAGCCACACCCUUUCAUUAAGAAUGCAUGGAAACAUGUAGGGAGAAAAGAUACCCAAAUUACUCUUUCAACUGGGAAGAAAUUCGAUCCUGUUUGCAUUGAAGAGGCAUUCAAGAGAUUUCCCCUCGUACAGGAUGCAUUUAUAUUCGGUAAUGGACAGAUGUACCCUGGGGCAAUAAUUUUAAAGUCGCGUGGAGCUCUGGGUAUGAGCAAUGAGGAAGUCAGGGAUACAAUUUGGCCUUAUAUUGAAAGCUUGAACAACAUUGGCCCAACUCAUGCCAAAAUCUUUAAAGACAUGCUGGUCAUAAAGCCGCAUACCGCCUUGUUGGCAAAAACCGCGAAAGGAACGACAAGAAGGCAAAUGGCCGAGAUAUACUAUGAUGCCGAUAUCAAAGAUUCCUACAAAGGUGUUACGGCAAAACACGGCAGUGAAGUCUCAUUGGAUAUCGUAAUGGACAUCGUCAAGACAGCUAUUGGUGCCACUAUAGAGCUGCAUUAUGAUUCAGACUUCCGGGCUCACGAUAUUGAUUCCGUGCAGGCGACACGAAUCAGAUCGCAUCUCAAUUCUGUACAGGCAUCUAUUCUUGAACGGUAUAUCUUGAUGCUGAUAAAAUUCUAGGCAUUCUCCAGCGCAUCAGACGCCAAGCCCUUCCCUUGGAAUUUGGUAUACGAAUGUGGAAGUGUCAGAGCGUAAGUACUCCAUCAGCCUUUGCAUCAUGACUGGGUUCCUCGAAUCUUCGUAAAUUACAUUGCAGGUGACGGGUAAUACUUGUGUGCAUGUCAUUUCUCGACAUACAAGCAUUCAAUCAAGCUUUCGCAAGAUGGCGAAACCUGCUAAGAGCAGUAACAAAAGAGCAAUAAGAAAAAAGCUUACACAAAUGACUAGACUCACCGACUACAUCAAAGCUUCUCGAAAUGGACCUAUUCUGGAUGAUGACGAGAACGAAGUUCAACGGAUGAACAGCAUUGUCAAACAAUUUGGCAAGUCGUUGAUGGAUGAGACAACGAAGGCAUGUUUCACACUCACACAGGACUUCAAAGAAACCAUAGUAAGGAUCCAACCCAUUGCUAUACUUGGAUCUGCAUUCUAAAAAAUUACUAACCAAAUUAACAGCUCAUAACUGGAGUCACCGGUAGGCUUGGCGUGAACAUCGUCAGCUUGCUGCGAUCUAUAUUGUCAAAUGACAAAAAACUUCGGAUUGUUUGCCUCGUUCGAGCCAAAAAUGACAAAGAAGCACUUGGUAGAGUAGAAGAAGCGCUGCGCUAUCACGAUAUAUAUCAAAAUCUAGUAUCCACUACCACGAGCUUUGAAUGCAGAGCUGCGAAGUUGGACGAAAUUGAAUUCGGUCUUUCGAGAGAUAUUUUGUUUGAUCUUCGCAAGCAUGUAACUACAAUUAUUCAUGUAAACUCCCCUCCUAAGCUAGCCAUCCCGUUGGCGCAAUUACUAAAUCCAAACUACAGGCAGCCUGGGAAGUAAAUUUCUCCAUUCCUUUGAGAGAUUUCUCCGAGCAAUUUCAAGGACUUCGCAAUCUGAUCAAUUUCUCUCUGUCUGGUGAAAGACCAAAGCACAUGGUGUUCUGUUCAUCCAUAGCAAGCGUGGCCAAAGCCAGCAACAAUGGGAACCUUGUCAUAGAAACUAUAGACCGGGAUCCUUUGCAUGCUGGAUCUUUGGGCUACGCGAAGAGUAAGUGGGUCGCAGAAGCGAUCUGCUCUUUGGCAUGUCAAAAGACAAGAGCAAAUAUUAGCAUAGUCAGGAUUGGCCAAUUAUGCGGCAAUACCGUCAAUGGAAUCUGGAAUGAAAAAGAAGCGUGGCCACUAAUGCUAAGUGCUGGAGUCCCCGGAUGUCUAAAUUCUCUACCAGAGCUCCCAAUGCGGCUUUCGUGGCUUCCACUUGAUAUAGCAGCUGCGGCAAUUGUUGAAAUCGCCUUGCAAAAAGCUCUUCCAUAUCCUUUACUGCCUCUAACGGCACUACACAAGGCAAAAGUAUUUCAUCUAGUCAACAACUCAAACCUGACAUGGACGAACUUGUUGAAAUGGAUUGGCCAGGAGAAGACGGAAGAAUUCUCAGAAUGGCUGCUACAUGCAGAGUUGCCAAGUCCCGAAGGAUUACCAGACGAUCAUCCGGCAAGGUCAUUACUCGGCUUUUGGAAAGCUAUGGAAAGAGAGAUCAAGGAGGAUUCCACAGUGAAACAGGCUCCACAAUUUGGGCUUUUGAGAACAAGACAGGUGUCUUCAACCAUGAAAUCUUUUGUUGAUCUUGAUGAGAAAUCAGUGAAGAAGAUGUGGAAAUGGAUUCAGACUGUGGCAAAAAGUAGGGAGGAUGAAAAGAAUGAUUGGCUAAAGACGCCAGCAUCUUUGAAUUCACCUUUGAUUUCGGAUGACGAUGAAGGUGUCAGUGGUAUUCUUGAAAAACAUUAAAGCUGCGCUUUUGAAGCGAUAUGGUCAAGGUCAAUUGGUUCAUGAUCCUUCGGAAAGGAACUUGGCCGAAUCAGCGGUAUGAUCGAUGAUGGCUAUGAUUACAAGCAUGACUUAAUGAUGUAUUAUAGAAUACCUCCGUUGUACGGUAAGCCCGUAUCUAUGUAUUAUCAACAGAGUACUGU